AUGGAAAUGAACCGUGGCAAUUGUGAAUUAGGACAUACUAAGUGGUACUAUAAUAUGGACGCUGGAGAGUGCCAUGUGUUCUUGUAUACUGGUUGUGGUGGUAAUGGUAAUCGUUUUUCGUCGAAAGCCGAAUGCGAGCAUCUGUGCACUUCGGAGAUACGCUUUUACACGGACAGUGAAGCGCAAAAUAUCUGCGAGUUGGAACGGGACAGCGGACCAUGCACGGAUCCGGUGACACAGUGGUACUUUGAUGCACACAGUAGGCAGUGUAUGCAGUUCACGUAUGGUGGAUGUCGCGGUAAUGAAAAUCGUUUCAACAGUAAAAUACUCUGCGAGCGGAGGUGUCUCAUGAGUAACGAAACCAGUGCAGUAACUGAGCGGAUGAAGGAAAGCUGUUUGUUACCGUUUGAAACAGGGCCAUGUGGCGACACACAGCAACUGUGGUACUUUGACAGGUCGUCGCAGUACUGCAGGUUGUUCGUGUAUGGUGGCUGUGGAGGCAACGAAAAUCGUUUUUUCAGCGAAGAUGAAUGCAUGAGUUUCUGUUCGACGCGCGAAUCAAGGAAGUUUGCUGAGGAUGUUCGUCCAAAUCUGCUUCUCAUUGGUUAUAAUCCGGCGCCUGUCGGAUCAACAGUAAGAAUGAGCUGUAAAGGAAAACGACAACAGCAGCCAAUACGCUGGCACAAAAAUGGUGUGCGGAUGGAAUUUUUGAAGGGAAACAACAGAAUAGUCCAGUCUCGUGAUCACACCGAAAUUGUUAUCACUAGUACACACGAAUCAGACAUCGGAGAAUAUUUAUGUUCUGUUGGAAAGGCUGCUGUCCUGUCGAAUCCGAUCAAUUUAAGAAUAAAAGAAGCAGAAAUGGUGGGCACCUGUGUGGACAGAGGUAACGAGAUGGCAUGCAAGCUAGUCAUCAGAGCUGGACUGUGUGCCAAUCCACGGUACGGAAAUUUCUGUUGCCGCAGCUGUGCCAUGUAUCAGAUGUCCAGGAAAUUUAGCUGA